AUGUCUCCAAACGGCCCUGAAUCCGUUCCUCACGCUAUGGCGAAUUUUCUCGUCACGAAACUCACAGAUGCUACGAUCUGGGUCCAGGAGAAGAACAACGAGAGAAGGGAAAAGGCGCGACGCCUUGCGGAUAAGCAAGUAGAUCGCGAAGCCAACGAUACACGCCGACGCGCAUUGGGUAAUAUAGAGGGCGAGGAUAGGAGCCUGAUGGGAGACUGGCAAGCCGAAGAGGGAAGGCGUCGUCCACAGGAGAGGGAGAAUUAG